GUAAAAUAUUCACCCAGAUAGUACCCCCUUUAUUUUUGGAAGGCUUGAAGAUAUGCAAGCAUGUUUCAGCUUGUUUUUUUCAUUCUGUUUACUUCUCGAUUCACUGAAUCACAAGGAAAAAAGGUGCUUUGCAGAUCCUCAGAUGUAGAAAUAUCAUAUUCCUUUUGUGAUUCUGUGGACCAUGUUUUCUUCCUUGGUAUAGUCCCUUGUUCCUUUAGUGAAGGUCGUUGGAAAAUUACUCUUUUAUGGAUUCCAAGGAGUGAUAUAAUCUUUUUGGAGGGCAGCAUGGAUUUAUGGUAUGAUGCUGCAAAUGUAUUUCAAGGGAAAGAAGUUAUUUGCCAUGGAUUUGAUGAUGACUACUCAUUUUGUGGAACUCUGAAGGGAGAGACGGUCAAUACGACGUUUGAACUUAGCGGUUUAAAGAUGCAAUUGCCGAAGGGAAUAUAUAUGAUUCUUUUAAGAUUAUUCUCUGGUCCUUCUGAGAAGAACUUGUUCCUGUGUAUGAAUGUCACCUUGUUAAUGAAAUAGGAUGGUUAAGGAAUUUCAGAAUAAGAUGAUUGCUUCAAAUCAUCGCAGAACACAAGAACUGCUGCUGCAAGGAACUGGAAUUUUAUCACUGAAAUAAUAAACAGACUGAUUUUGCAUGGGUACGAAUGCAAAAUGCACUUUACUAUACGCAUAAUUAUAAGGAAGAAUGAUAGACUCAUCCAUUCAUAUACUUGCUAUAAUCAAAUGGCCAGCCAAUUUGUGCUAAAUUUCUUUGUGAAAAUUAGGUACAAAUGCAUACUGUUUAAUCUACAGAAUGACCCUGAAAUGGUGUCGUAGUUACAACUGUAUUUCAAUUUAUACCUCUUGUGUUAUGCAGAAUGUGUGUAUUUCAGAUUCUGCUAAACUAAGACAAGACAAGAAUGUUUGCCAGAAUUUAUUUGAUAUAAAAGAAAACCCUGUGUAUUCUCUUGUUCAUUCUGUCUGUUUAGCUUCAGUAGCUAUUCUAUUCUCAGUCAUUUAUUUGCACCACCACACAUAACAGCGAAGUGAAAGGCUUUUUAACAUGCCAAGACAGGAGUUCAGGGAUCUUUGGUUAUCUGGCAGCAGUUGAUGGUGUUAAUAGCAUCUGAAACAGAGUGGGCACUGGGCAGCAGUGUUCACUGCUUACGCAGCUUGAGUAGAGCUGCCUUAAGGCAAACCAGUGUCCUAGGCACAACCCACUGAUGUGGUCCUGGGCCCUGCUUGGGUGGUGGUGGCAGGAUUAUCCACACAAGCCCUCCCCUGGGAUGGCAGGGGGUUUGCUACUGUUCUUCAAGUGGGCAACGAUGACUUCUUCUUCAACCCACAGCCAAUCUCUGGCAGGCCUGGGAGCAGGGUGCCCCAGCCUGUUGCUGCUAUUCUUUAGGUGGCCAGUGCUUAGCCUCCCUCACCACCUGAGCAGUGGGCCCUCUGUGAAGAGGUACUUUAUGUCAGCCCAGCAUAGGUCUCCGUGUGGUGUCAAGAGCCCUCUGUGGGUUAGUGGUGUCAGAGGGAACCAGACCCACAAACAAGGCUCUCUCUUUGGGAAGGGUGGGUGUGGUGACCUUUUCUCACUGGACCAUCAUUCCUGAAAGUUGGGGGACUUAAUGUCAACCUCAGGGACUUUGUUUUGAACCAUCCUUUCCUCCAGCCAAAGAGGAGUAGCAGAGGAGACAGCAGUAGCAAGGUGGCCCAGCCGUGGGCUAUGCCCUCCCUCUGUCCUGGUCCAUCAGGGAAACAUGGGAGGAAGCCAGGAUUCUCCUCCUCUCCCUUGGUCACUAGAGAAGGAGUAACAAUGACAGACCAGGGAGGAGGGAGAUCCUGAUGUGCAAGAGGAGCAGCCUACUGCAUUGAUAAGCAGCCCCCUCUUCCCUUGGCCCAGCUGGAGAGCGAAAGCCAGGAUUGUAGUGGCAAAGGCUGUCUUCCACACUAGUGAGGGCCCCCACCCAGGAGCUGCUGCAGGAGCAGCAGGGUUUUGGUCCUUCCAUGCCCCCAGCUAGGAUUUCUUUCCCCAUGAGUUGCUGUGAAGUGGCUGUGGUGGUCUGAACUGCCUCCCCACUGGAGAUUGUGGUGCCUACUGCUUUGGUCCACCAUCCUCAGGAUCUUCUACUGCUUGGGGUGGGGCCUUGGUCCAGUCAAGUGUGUUUGGGCAGCAGAGCCUUGCAGUCCCCCUGGUUCUUGUAGGUGUAAGCAGGGUCUGAAUGAAGCUCUCCGUGGAUGAGCUGGGGGAAUAAUAUUUCAGGACCAGACUAUAUUUACAUGAACACACCUACUCUGCCUAGGUAUUCAGCACACAAAGUCUUGUUGCCAAAGUGAUCAAUUUUGGCUGGUGGUGGGUUACAAAUCGCUUUGUAUGCAGAGGUAAUUAAAUGUUUUUAUCCUGGAUUGUAUGAGUAAAGAGCAACAGAACUGUACUGAACACACCCAGAUUGAUGGGAGUAACCCUCAGCUGAACUACACUUGCUAAGCAGUGGGUAGGGAUGCCAAAUCCCAGUGAGAUGGGGGAGGGGGGGGGAUAGGUGCUCCUAGCUGGUGGUGUAGGCUUUGCCUAAGAGUCCUAGAUGCCAUUAGACUCUCCCCCCUCAAUUGUUUAAAGACAGCAGAUUAGAUUCAAUGGGAGAGUCCUUAGUUUUGUCACUAGAGCUGAAAUGACUGAUAACUAGGUCUAAGUGCUGAGAUUCAGACCUUCUGUGGGGCCCUGUUUCAGUGAAAGAGACUGCCCACCCUGCACUAGCAGUGAGGUUCCAUGGUAACUGGUGAAAUCACUGAGAGCUGGGUUAAGUGAUGGGACAUGGCAAAGGUUGCAGUAGAGAGGCGGGUGAUUGCACAGAAAGUGACAGCACAGCGGCCAAUGGCAGCGGAGUGAAGGAUGGCACAGCAGUGGUAGCAGGCAGCGAUGCAGAGUGAACAGCAGUGGUGGAUUAGCCACUAGACCAAUGGGGCCCGAGGCUAGGGGCCUGGCCAAUUGGUGGGCCCCCGGAAAAAUGUGCACCCCUGCACCCUGACCCGCUCCGCCCAGUGCUCCUGCCAGGGAGCUUGCCCUUCUCCAUCUGCCUGUCACUCCUGCCAGGAGUGGGGUUGGGGCGCAGGGACUUGCCCUGGCCUCCUGUGCCCUGACUCCACUCCCCAGCAGGAGUGCCGGGCGGGAAGAGCAGGUCAGGAUGAGGGGGCACACAUUUUUUCCGGGGGCCCCCAAUUGGCCAGGGCCCCUGUUGGCCCGGUGGCUAAUCCACCCCUGCAUGUACUACUAUAUCUUUUUAUGGUUAAAUUCCACAGGUCAUCUUGCCUUCUGUAUUUUCACAAUAAAUAGUUUAGGGCUAACUCCUGAAGAUUGUAAUCAGACAAGAUCACUACUGACUUUGAUGGGAACUUUGCUGGAAUAAGGACUAGAGGAUUUUGUCCAAGGUGGACCAAAGAGGAUUUCAGUUCACCUUGAAGUUGCUUAAUGAUUCUACAUCACAUAGUGAUCCUUAAGAAAUUAACAGGAACAUUGUCUUAAAAUACAGUAUGAUUUGGAUGUUUCCUCUCUGCACAGUCCAACACCAGGCUUUUGUUAGGCUAGAUUCUCAGUCAGAUGUUCCCUAAUGAGUUAACUUUGGGGAUUUUGUAGCACAUAUUCUGUGGAACAAUAGAAAAUUCUGUGUUAAAGCUGUAAGCUGAUUAAUAGCCACUAGGCUGUGCUGUAUCUCACAGAUUACUUUUAACUCCUUCCAGAGUAGCAGCUGUGUUUGUCUGUAUCCGGAAAAAGAACAGGAGUACUUGUGGCACCUACCGGUUUUUCAGUGUUAUGAUUCCUGGACACAAAUCUGACAUCAGGAAUCAUAAUGUUCAAAAACCGGUAGGAGAACACUUCAACCUCUCUGGCCACUCAGUAAAAGACUUAAGGGUGGCAAUUUUGAAACAGAAAAGCUUCAAAAACAGACUCCAAUGAGAAACUGCUGAGCUUGAAUGAAUAUGCAAUACCAUUAACUUGGGUUUGAAUAGAGACUGGGAGUGGCUGGGUCAUUACACAUAUUGAAUUUAUUUCCCCAUGUUAAGUAUCCUCACACCUUCUUGUCAACUGUCUCAAUGGGCCAUCUUGAUUAUCACUACAAAAGUGUUUUUCUCCUGCUGAUAAUAGCUCAUCUUAAUUAAUUAGCCUCUUACAGUUUGUAUGGCAACUUCCAACUUCUCUGUGUGUGUGUGUGUAUAUAUAU